GCGCGUCGAGUUCAUUUCGCCACUGAGCCAGCAUGAAGAUGGGAGGAACCAUGUUGACAUGAACGGAGCCGGUUGUCGCUAGGUUGAAGGAAGCAAGAAACAUGGAUAAAAACGCCAUGGUCAAAGUUGGGGCCGUGGCCAGCGCCAGUAUGUGUGCUCUGUUUGGUGGUGUUGUUUUGGCGCAAUACAUUGUUACCAGGAAGAACCGAGCUGGGAAGAAAACAAAGAUAAUCGAAAUGAUGCCGGAGUUUGAGAAGAGCACGGUCCACAUAAAGAACCCGGAGCGGGUUGAGCAGGUUAUUUGCGACUUGAUCAAAGGUGGUGCCCCCAAGCUGCAGGUCAUCACAGAUUUUGACAUGACGUUAAGUAAAUUUGCAGUCAAUGGAAAACGCUGCCCAACAUGUCAUAAUAUUAUCGAUAACUGCAGUCUUGUCACAGAGGAUUGCCGUAAAAAGUUGCUGGAGCUGAAAAACACCUACUAUCCUAUUGAGAUAGACCCCCACCUCACCACUGAGGAGAAGUACCCGUUCAUGGUCGAAUGGUAUUUUAAAUCCCACACGUUGCUAGUGGAUCAGAGGCUUCAGAAGGACAAACUUCCAGAGGUCGUAAAGCAGUCUGACGCGUCUCUGAGGGAGGGCUAUGAGCAGUUCUUUGACCGGCUCCUUCAGCACAACGUGCCCGUGUUCAUCUUCUCCGCUGGCCUGGGCGACGUGUUGGAGGAGAUCAUUCGCCAGGCAGGGGUCUACCAUGCCAACGUCAAAGUGGUCUCCAACUUCAUGGAUUUUGAUGAGAAUGGGGUCAUUAAGGGCUUCAAAGGAGAGCUCAUCCACGUGUACAACAAACACGACGGAGCGCUCCGAAACACGGAGUACUUCAAGCAGCAGAAGGACAACUGCAACAUCAUUCUGAUGGGUGACUCCCUUGGUGACCUGAACAUGGCCGAUGGUGUGCCCAGUGUGGAGAAUAUCCUCAAGAUCGGUUUCCUCAAUGACAAGGUCGAGGAUCGGUUGGAGAAGUACAUGGACUCUUACGAUAUUGUCCUGGUGAAGGACGAGACUCUAGAAGUGCCCAAUUCCAUCCUCCAGAGGAUCCUGUAAACAGUCAACCAUGCGCCCAGGUCUUCAGUCAAGGUGUUUUGGUUUUUUUGUAACCCUUCAUCAGUCAGAUCUUUUGGAGACUUUGGCGCAUUUACGGACCCAUGGGGCACCAUCUAUCUGGCCUGUGGGAAGCCAUCAAACACCCCCCUCCACCUGUUCAAGAGUCCGCUGUUCUUAAGUCAUCAAACACCCCCCUCCACCUGUUCAAGAGUCCUCUGUUUUUCAUUGUUUUUCACCCUGUUCCCUUUCUUUCUUUUUAAAGACAACUUUGCUCCUCCCAAAUGAACUGUUUUUUUUAUUUAAAACGUUCAAUAUCCAUGGCUUGCUAGUCUGUGUGUCUGUUUGGUGGUAAUUACUGGACUGAAUAGCACAGUUAAUGCACACAACACUAUACAGACAGCCAAACUAAACCAAAAUACAUGUCUGUGAAUCGACUUUGUUCAGUUUGCACAUCGUUAUUGCUAUUGCUACCAUCAUUGGUUUUAUUUUUAUAUUGUAAUGUUAUUAUGGCAGUAGAACAUAUGCAGUAAAUGAAGGGUUGUUUAAGGUAUAUAGAAAUAUUAAAGACCGUGCCCUGCAUGUGUUUAACCGCUAGAAUCUUCCAAUGUAGGAGGAGAGAAGAAAUGAGUGCAUUCAAACCAGUGGUCGAGGGCACCUUCACAUGCUUGCCGACCGACGUUCUCACAUGGGUGAUAAGUUAACCUCCUGUGAGGUAUGACAUGCCCUCCUGUAUACGUUGUGUGAUACUAUUUCACGCAUUCCCUCAUAUGUAUGGGGAAAUCGUAAAAUGAAGACAAAGGCAAUAUGAUGGCAAUAUUAGUCAUCCAGAAAUCAUGCUCAAGAGAUUCAUAUCUUUGCUUUUGCUGUUCUUUCACUACAUGCGUUUUGUCUGUGUAUGUCUACUUAGAAUGCGCACUACCUCCAAAAUGUUCACCUUUGGGUGGAACUGUGUCUCUUUUUUUGAUUUGCACUUUGCACUUAUUGUAAAGUCCUGUUUGGAGCCAGCAUUUUAGUGUAUGCUGCUACCAUCUGCAUGUUGCCUUUCUUUAAAUGCAUAUCAUGUGAGGAGGUUAAAUUGUCAAUAAAAAUAUAGGAAACACUGA